CCAUCUUGAUUUGCACAAAGUGCGUGCAAAUCACCACUACAUUAUCGAAUUUUUCUUCUUUGGGCGAAGUUAAAACAUCAAAAGACAGCCAAUCGAGGAGGUAAACUAUCUUUAGGAUUUCAAAAUACGAAGGUCGAUUUUCUGAUAAAGAUGGCGGCUAACUUCAGCUCUUCAGAAGACAUCUGUGAAGGAGAGAACUGUGAGCAGUCUUGUGAGCAACAGGAUAUAGAGGGCGUGAUCAUGAAAAGCAGAGCGAGUCUAAACACUUUGAGAGAAAUGGCAACGGACAAACUACAGCUUUGUCGAAAUUAUGGAGAUCAGAUUCAAGGGUGUAGGAUAUACACCGACAACCUUCUGCAUGCUUUGAAAAAUGAAGUUGAUUCGGUAAUCAAUGAGGCGAUCCAAACAGACGAAGACAGAGAGAAGGAGGACGCAGCAAAAAUCAACCAGGAAAUUGAUGAGAAGAAUCAAAAUCUUGAAGAGGAGAUUCAAAAGAUCAAAGAAGAGAUCGGAAAGAACGAUGAGGAGAGAGAGAAUCGACUUGAACUGAACCGUAAAAAUGCAGAGAAAAGACGAAAACCCAUCGACGAAAAACAGCAUAGCCUUCAAACAGACAUUCAAAACAUCGCUAAAGAAAAAGAGAAAAAGAUAGCGGAAAUUGAGAAAACAUGGCAAAAUGACAUGAAAACAACAAAGAAUACAGAACAGACACUUGACACAGUUCUCGAAGAUGAUAAUAAUUUUGUCAAAGAUGGGCAUCUUGUUAAGACAUCAGUGAUUGAUGAAUUAAAAAAGCCACUGAAUGAGGGUGAGGUGAAACAAGUCACUGAUACCAUAUCGGGUGUGAGGUUUGUGAAGGGUGCUUGGAGAGAGAAGUAUGAUGGGAGGAUUGAUGGGUAUGAUGGGGAAUGGAAGCUCAUUGAUACCAUCAAUGUCAGUGAUGAAAUCAAAUACCCGGCCAUUGCAGGAUGCAUAGAUGAAUGCAAUGUGAUCCUUACAGAUAAAGAUCCGGGUGAACAAAAUACAUACAUGUUCAAUAUGAACACUAAACACACUCAGAGAGUGAUAACCAAUGUUAUAUCAUGUGUUGUCUCUUGUGCAUUGCUGAAUGAUGACAAGGUAGUAUGCGGUAAAUACAGUCCUCGGACUGGUGGUAGUUAUACAGGGGACAGUUUGAAUGGAUUCAUCAAUGUGUAUGACAGACAAUGGGACCACAUCAAUGACGUCACAAUACCAAAAAACACACCGCGUUAUUGCACGCGGGUGGAUGUAGCUGUUGACCAGAUUGGGAUAAUCAUCGCUGCUGAGGAAGGUCAGUCCAAGAUAUACUUCAUCAACCCAGCUGAUGGUAAGAUCAUGCAUACCAUCACAUGUAAACAGGAUAUACUGAUGCGUGGUGUACUAUCUUCAGGUUAUAUCGUCGCUCAACCCUACCCACCGGAUCACAGAGUGUUCAUCAUCGACAGAAAGGGUGCUCAAAGGGAAAUCACCCAUAGUGGUCUCAUUCUGAAUACCUGCAUCGAUCCCAUGACAGACGACCUCUACGUCGUGACAUCAGAUGAUGAGUGCAAGACGUGUGUGAUUGAUCAGGUGAUGAGUGGGGGUGACAUGGAUAAGAGUAGAGUAGCAUCAUUCCCUCUAUCAAGUAGAUGGACUCUCAUUGUAUCAUCUCGCGUGGUGAUGACGUCAUCAGGGAAUAUGAUUGCUUGCGAUGGAGACAACAUUCUCGUAUUCAAAAAGUUAUUGAGCCUAUAG